AGAGUCACCUAUCGACGAUUCCUCCAGUUGCUUGCAAGAGGUGAAAGUCAACAUUGGCGAAGAGUAGUACUGUCCAACGGAGCAUGCGCAGUACGAAAAAAGCACUUGUAUAAAUAAAACGAAAGUCUGCGAUCACUUCUUGGCUAGUGCUUGAAAUUUCAGCAUGGCUGACAAAAGACUAUGGCUGUGUUGUUUUUUAUUAUUAACAAUUGCUUACGCUCAAGAUGAUGAUGACGACGAUAGCGGUGAACCACAGAUCGACCAGCUGUGUGAAAACAGGCCUGCUGAUGAAUACUUUAGGUUAAGCACUGAUGGAGACUGCAGAGAAGUUGUAAGGUGUGAUCUCAAUGCAGAUCUUAAGGGCGGUACUCGAUUGGCAGCGGUAAAAUGUCCGACAGGACUUGCUUUUGAUCUUUUCCGACAAACUUGCGACUGGAAAGUCAAUGUCAAAAAUUGUGAUAUUCUAGAAAAACCAAGAAAAGUUCUUCCAAUUUUAAAAACCGAUGAACCAAGAUGCCCAGAAGGAAAGCUAAUGUGUGGUAAUGAAGAAUGUAUCGACAAAGACCUUUUCUGUAAUGGAAAGGCAGACUGUAAAGAUGAAUCAGAUGAAAAUGCAUGUGAUGUCGAUAGUGACCCCAAUCGUGCACCUGAUUGUGAUCCAACUCAAUGUGUAAUUCCGGACUGUUUCUGCUCAGCUGACGGAACUAGAAUUCCUGGAGCGCUAGAACCAGCAAAUGUACCACAAAUGAUUACCAUAUCCUUCAACGGUGCCGUCAAUGUAGACAACAUCGAUCUAUAUGAAGAAAUCUUUUCAGGCACUAGACUAAAUCCAAAUGGUUGUCAAAUUAAAGGAAACUUUUUCGUUUCUCACAAAUAUACAAACUACUCAGCAGUACAGGACCUACACAGACGUGGUCAUGAAAUCGCAGUAUUUUCAUUGACUCAUAAAGAGGAUCCAAACUACUGGUCCCAGGGAUCUUAUGACGAUUGGUUGGCUGAAAUGGCUGGAGCUAGAUUGAUUAUCGAAAGAUUUGCGAACAUUACCGAUGGAUCAAUUAUUGGAGUAAGAGCUCCCUACCUCAGAGUAGGAGGAAACAGACAAUUUGAAAUGAUGACAGAUCAAUUCUUUAUUUAUGAUUCAUCCAUUACAGCCUCCCUAGGACGUGUCCCAAUCUGGCCUUAUACUUUAUACUUCAGAAUGCCACAUAAGUGCAAUGGCAAUGCCCACAACUGUCCCAGCAGAAGCCAUCCCGUGUGGGAAAUAGUCAUGAACGAAUUGGACAGACGUGAUGAUCCUACUUUUGACGAAUCGCUACCUGGUUGCCACAUGGUAGACUCCUGUUCUAAUGUUCAAACUGGGGAUCAAUUCGCAAGACUACUCAGACACAAUUUCAACAGACAUUUAAAUUCAAACCGAGCUCCAUUGGGUCUUAACUUCCAUGCCUCAUGGUUAAAGAGUAAAAAAGAAUUCAAAGAAGAACUUAUUAAAUUCAUUGAAGAUAUGUUGGCUCGAAAUGAUGUUUAUUUCGUAACAAACAGUCAAGUCAUCCAAUGGGUUCAGAAUCCCACAGAACUCAGUGGAUUAAGAGACUUCCAAGAAUGGAAAGAAAAGUGUGACAUUAAAGGUCAACCCUACUGCUCAUUGCCCAAUUCAUGUGCAUUGAAUACCAGAGAACUGCCAGGAGAAACUCUACGAUUGUUUACCUGUAUGGAAUGUCCCAACAAUUAUCCAUGGAUUUUGGAUCCAACUGGAGACGGUUUUUCAUCUUAGAAAAUAAUUUAAUAUUUAUUUAGUUUUUUUUUUAAUAAACCACUGAUUUUUUGUUUGAAAAACAGAUAAUACUAGUUCAGUGAACUUUGAUUCUAAAAGACUUUUGUAUAUAGCUGUAAUAAUUUCUCAUAUUUCUGUUUUCAAUUAUUACCUGCCUUGCCAAAACUUUUCUUUGUAUUUAUAAUUCAAAGUUAAAUCAAAUCAUGUUAUGACAAAUAAUAUUUGUUAAAUAAAAAAUUGAAAACCUUUACUUUUUGUGUUUACUUACUUUGUGAAUUCUAGCUUAAAAUGUUGUAUAAUUUAUUAGAGUACAAACC